AUGGUCUGCAUGUGGGAUAUCGGUUUUGUGUGCCUGAUGUGGGAUGCUCCUAUCGACAAAGCGAUUUGUUACUCGUUAUUAAAAAAUUUUUCACCAUCAGAUGCGAUUGUUUUUUUUUUCGUUCUGAUACGAUUGUUGCUGAGACUUUAUCAGGUAGAAAUCUCUGGUUCCGGUUUAAGUUAUGAAGAAGCGAGGCAAACAAAGAAACAAAUAUGGAACAUUGGAAACAUCGAACAGUCGGGUUACAAUGUUCAAAACAUAGCAAACGCAAACGUACAAAAACAAAGAAAGCAAGCAGGCAUUCAAGUGCACAUCGUUUCAACUGGAAGAGAACCAAACAACCCCUUCGUGUUUGCAUUACGCUGA